AUGAACAAUACAGAAAAACGCAUAGGUGAAAGAAGGCUCCCAGUGGAUGGUUUUCACGGUCCUUCGCAAACAGUCUUUCAGUUCCAUGGCUGCUGGUGGCAUGGGCAUAACUGCUACCUAACUAAAGGAAAAGAAAUGAACGAAAAAAGAAAGAAACCAAUGGCUGAGCUCAGGGAUGAAACUACAGCAAAUUCAAAGUAUAUCAGAGAUCAAGGCUACAAUCUCGUGGAGAUGUGGGAGUGCCAGUGGCGCCGAAUGAAAAAAAAAACUAACUCUGCAGUACAAUAUUUCACGAACAGAAAGUUUCACCGACCCCUUGACCACCACCAGACCCUGGACCAAAAUCAGAUCAUAAAGGCUAUCAGAGACGAGUCUCUCUUUGGUGUUGUCGAGUGUGACAUCACAGUACCUGACCAUCGGAAACCCAAGUUCUCCGAAAUGUGUCCAAUCUUCAAAAAUACGCAGAUUUCUAAAGAAGAUAUUGGUGAAUACAUGCAAACAUUUGCCGAGGAGCAACAUAUCAUGCCUCAACCUCGUAGAAGUCUAAUAGGUAGCUAUUUUGGAGAAAAGAUCUUCUUGGCCACACCGCUCAUUAAAUGGUACUUGGAGCACGGAUUAGAAGUCACCAGGAUUUACCAAGUGGUAGAGUACACACCCGUUCCUUGUUUCCAGCCCUUUGGAGAAGCUGUCUCCGACGCCAGGCGCGCUGGGGAUGUGGACCCGAACAAGGCUAUUAUCGCAGAUACAAUGAAAUUAGUAAGUAUGAUUUCAUUUGUACAAGCAUUUUGCCACUUUUUUCCUUAUGCAAACCUUAUUAAUGUUCUGAUCCAUUAUUAAUUAGGUCGGGAAUUCUAGUUACGGGAAGACGAUCACGGACCAAGAACGAAACAGAGAGGUUAAGUUCUGCGAAGAAACAAAGGCCUCACGGCUUAUCAACACACCCUUCUUCAGACAGAUUGACCAGAUCGAAGAGAACACUUUUAUUUUGAUUUCAUGGAUAAAUAUCUUGAUCGUAGUGAUUUUCAGUAUUGUGAAAUGGAUACAGACUCUGCCUAUAUCGCGAUCGCAGGGCAAUCGGUAGAAAGUUUAGUCAAACCUGAGUUAAGAGAGGAAUUUGAAGCAGACAAGGCCAAUUGGUUUCCACGAACCGACACUCCAGAACACAAAGCUUAUGACAAAAGA